AUGGGCAUGGGCCUGGACCUGGACAUGGGCAUGGCAUGGCAUGGCAUUCUGUCUGAGUUUGACCCCGCGGAGAUGUUACCAACCGCAUGUCGUACGCCGGAGGUAUCACCGCCGUCGGUCCAAUGGAUGCCAAAUGAAAAUGCCCAUGGUGGAACGCCAUCGGAUUUGCAGGAGAGCACGAGGGCAACACGGCUUAGCCCCGGAUGUCAGCUCCUCCCCAUCGAGCUCAAGCUCAAGCUCAAGCUCAACCUCAACCUCAACCUCAACCUCGACACCCCGACGUCCACAACUGCUACAGUAACAGCCAACGGCCAACGACCUUCAUCUACCCGCCGAAAAGCCACGGGCUCUGCGACAAACCCAACGUGGAAAAAUCAUGGCGUGCUUGCUCCCAGGAAAAAACCUAAACACGAAGUCAUCCUCCGCUUUCGAUUCUUUAUUCUCCAUUCAUCGUCGGAAUGGUGGAAACCAAAUUACGCUCCAUACAAGGCGGCAGGCAGCCACGGCGUGCAAAGCGAUGCCGCCGCCGGCCUAGAUGGGAUCGCGCCGUCGGCCCGAGGAGAUCGAAGUAUUGUAGAGGUGCCGUACCUAUUUGAAGCAUCCAUCAAGCUUUGCCAUCUGAACGACUAUUUUUCUCCGUCACUUCGCUUUCCCAAUCUUGGGAGAUGGCCCUCAUCGGAAUCUGUUCAAUUGUAUCUCAUCACUGGCGUCGAAUACUUAGAUCAGCUUCUCAUCAUCGCCUGCGGGCAAUUACUUCGUUUGUCUGGCUAUGCAUCUAUAAAGAACAUGCCGGACUUUUACCAUCGCGGCGACAUUGAUACGACUGCGCCCCCGAGCCCCCUGAUCCACUCGCUUAAAAAUCCAGUGAAUGCAAUCAAUGCAUGCAACCAAUGCAUGCAAUCUGCAUGGUUCGAGGGCUUGUUGCAUCUCCAAGCUAGCCGCUAUGCCUCGGCUGAGCUGAUACCUGUUGUUCUCCGUAUGAUACCGGUAUCUCUUCGAUGCCCAGGGGCCAUGGGCCACGGCCCGUCUGGUGAUCCAGAUGACAGACACACGUCUCAUCUGGAAAGCUUAUCAGGCUCGGCUAACGUCAGGAAACGAGAAGACGUACGACUACCAUACGACUACGACUACGACUACGACUACGACUACGACUACGACUACGACUACGACUACGACUACGACUACGACUACGACUACGACUAG